AUCUCUUAUUCCUUUUUUUCUUCUGUGUCUGGACAUUUUCUCUUAUUUUCAUUUCUUUCUCUCUUCGCUCACUUUGUCUAAAAAUUCCUUAACCUGCGCCACACCGGGGAGCUUAAACUGCGCACCUCGCCUGAGAACGGGAAAAACAAAGAGACGGGCAAUCGCCAAUUGGUGACAGCUGAAUCUUACACGGCGUUGAUCCGCCGGAACAAUGGAGAUUUUGGUGGGUCCGACGUUUGGGAUCGACGCGGCGUACGUCAGAGGACGGAGCGGCGUCGCGGCGCAGGAUAAGAAGGCGGUUCCUGCGGGGGCUCUGUUCAUGGCGGAGGAAUCUGGACCGGGUAUGGCCCAGAUCGGGUCGGCGAGUCGGAUCGUGUUGAGAGGAGGUGUUGAGUUAUCACCGGAGGAGUCGUCGGAGAGUUCAUCGUCGAUCGGUGCUCCGGGUGAGAGCAGCGAGAACGAUGACGAGGAAGACGACGCCGUUUCAUCCCAAGGAGGAGGAUUGGGUUCCUUCACCUCUCUGAACGAUUCUUUGCCAAUAAAGAGAGGAUUAUCGAGUCAUUACGUGGGUAAAUCGAAAUCGUUCGGGAAUCUGAUGGAAGCAAACGUCGUGAAGAAUCUGGAGAAAGCCGAGAAUCCAUUCAACAAGAGGAGAAGAUUGCUGAUAGCGAACAAGCUCAGGAGGAGAAGAAGCGGAAGAUCGUCGUCUUCUUCACAGUUCUACGCUUGGAAAAACCCUAAUUCCAUGCCUUUGCUUGCGCUCCAAGAAUCCGACAACGAGGAUCAUGAUGAAUGCGAUGACAGCGGUGAUGAUGGUCGAACUCAGUUGCAGGAGAAGAGGAACAUGGUGAAGAACAGCGAGUUAAUGGCUCAGACACAGAGCUGUUUUUGCCUGAGUAGUUUGCAAGAAGUAGAUUAAUUAAGAUUGGAGGAGAUUAAAGGAAAUUAAGGAAGAUUAGCGAGGAGAGGUUAUAAUUAAUCAAAUGGUUAUUGGGUUUAGUUAAUUUAUUUAAAUAACAUUAUCAGAGACAGAAGUUUAUGCGUUUGACUGAAUGUGCUAAUAUUAUCCUAAUCACAGCUAAUAAACUUUGGCUAAUCUUUUUGACUUUUA